UUUUUUUUGGCAUGCUGCUGCACAUGCUGGCCCAACGGUGUUGCUAGAAUCGUGAAAGCAUCUGUGUGCCCAGCUCCGCAGCUUCAAAUCGCGUACGAAACCCUUACUGUCAAUCUCUGCAGCCCUGCCAAAAACAGCAGCAUCUGUGUGCUCCUCACAGCGGUGCAAAAAACAUGGGCGCCACCCAGAGCACCCGACCAAAAGUCCUCGUCUACGGCGCGCCGCACGCCGGCACGAAGUCGCUCGUCAAAGCGCUGGGCGACGCCGAGUUCGAACUGUUCACGAGCGACGACGGCGCCGACGCCGACGCUGUUGUUUAUGUGGUGGAUGCCAACCAGCCGACGCAGUGGACGGUGCCGAUCGAGCUGCUCCACAGCGUGAACCUCAAGCUCGGGCGCACCGUGCCGCUUUGCGUCGUCGUGAACAAGCGCGACGUACCGGGGUCGGCGCCCGCGCAGCAAGUUCUGCCCCAGCUCGCGGCCGCCGCGUCGAAGGUCGACGCCUGCGCCGCCGUGGGCGGCAGGGUUUGGCGCGUCGUCGAGGCGAGCGCCGUCACGGGCGACAUCGGCGUCGCGGCGCUGAAGCGCGUCCUGCGGCACCUCUGCGACAUGUCCGACGUGAGCGCAAGCAUCCUCGCGCCGCGGUCGAGCGGGGGCGUGGCGGGCGAGGCCUGCGGCGCGAGCGCGUCGCUGCCCUAGCUUUCUGUUUGUGUGUGUGUUCGUUUGGUGCCGCGGCUGCCGCGCGGCGGUGGGGCGGAUUUCAGGUCCUUG